GUGAAAAAAAUUGUGCCAAUAAAAAUGAGUACUAUAAUAGCCACCAAUGCAAGCAGCUUGCAUUUAAUGCGUCCAGGGAUUCUCAUUUGGAAUGAUCUGCAGUAAACAAAUAUACAAAAACAUUAACAGCUGUUGUGUCGCCACUGAACAAUGAACAACAAAAUUUCCCACUUAAAGCAGGUAAUAAAUAUAUUUUUUUUGUUGAUAUUUAAAAUUUGACAUUUCCACUAAAAAUUUCCCUAACAACAUUGAACAAGUGACAGUUCGCAUUCUUGUUGCUAUUUGACGCACGUGUAUUACCUUUUUCGGCUAAAAUUGUUUCAGAAUUAAAUAUAUUUUUAUAUAUAAUUAUAUUAAGCGUAUUAAUAAAUAUUAUUACGUGCGCGAGGUUAAGAAACGAUAAUAUAUUAAAAAGCCUACUAAAUGGAUAAGCGCCAUAAGCAGAAAAAUAAGAAUGCGGAUAAGGGUAAAAAUACUGCAACGCAAGCCAAAAAUAAAAAUGCCAAACGCCCAACAAUAACAUUUCAAAAACGCAACGAAUUAAAUGCUUUGGUAGCAGAGCUAUGGAAACUAAGUGUUAAAGAUUCGAAAACAUCUCCUGAUAUUGAAUUUGCAGAAUAUGUUAAGAUACAAGAGCUUUUAAAUGAAAUUUUAAUCUUAGAAGCACCGUUACGACGUGAAAAUGUAAAUACUACUCCAGAGGCUCGCUUGAAACAUAUUGAUGCUUUUUAUGAGUGGGCUAUGGAGAAUGGACUCAAGACUGAUUGUGUUAAAAUUGCAGAAUUUCCUGGUUAUGAUCUUGGUUUGAAGGCAACACGGGAUAUAGCUAAAGAUGAAGAAAUUUGUACUGUUCCGCGUAAGCUAAUACUGUCAGAAGAGAGUCUUGAUAAGCGCGUUACUGAACAGCUUUCUUUGGGUUCAAUGACAAACAUAAAACUAGCAUAUGUUCUUAUAAUCGAAGCUAUGAAGGAGGCCAGCUUUUGGAAACCCUACAUAGAUUUGUUACCGGAUAAAUAUACUAAUGUUCUGUACUUCACAGUCGAGGAAAUGAGUGCACUUCGGAACUCUUGCGCAUUUUCCCCUGCUAUACGCCAGUGCAAAUCAAUUGCAAUGCAAUAUGCGCUAAUAUACAGCUGCGCACACAAAGCGGAACGCACCAAUAAUGGAACAGCAAUUAGUAAAGUUUUCGCUGAACAUUUUAACUACGAUCUGUAUCGGCUAUAAUGCCGCGUGGUACUAGUUUGCCUGAU